AAAAAAUGUCUAACAAGCUUUUUGGAUCCAAACAACAACACUCCUCUCCACCACCAGCAUUCUACUACAAUCCAAACUCUGAGAAUAUUCCUCCAUCCAAUGUUCUCACCAGUCCACGUAAGAAUGCCAAUACUCCACAAAAAGUUUCCACACCAAGAAAAAUGUUGGCCAACAUGAAAGCUAAAGUUCUCCGUAAGCCAUUCACUGCUACCGAAGAAGAGAAUUAUCAAAAUGAUGCUACUAGCACUUCAUCAUCUGGUUCAGCUGAAGAACAAGUUCCAGUCACUCCACAAAGAAGAAACACUUGUGAAGAUGAAAUUGUUUCAAUGGAUGAAGCUUUGGCUAAACGUUCACCAGAGGCCAUUCCAAUUUCUAUGGAUGAUUCCUCACACAAGAUUGUCCAAGUUGAAAAGAAGCUUUUGAAGAAGGCCUCUGCAGCUCAAUUGGAAAUCUCCUCUGAUGAUGUCAAUUUGGAAGAAGUCCACAAGGAUCUUGUCAACAUGUCUGAACAAUUAAGUGCCUGUGUUUUCGAUAAGCAAUUCAGUGAUUUUGUUAUUCAAUGUGGUCCAGGUAAUGCUACCAAGUAUUACGUUCAUCGUUUCAUUCUCUCAAGCCGUUCAGCAUACUUCCGUGCCUUGUUGAGCUCAACUGCCUCAGUUACAGGUGAUAUCCAAUCUAAUAAGCAACGUUACACUUGGGAACGUGAAGAUAUUCAUCCAGAAAUCUUUGGAAGAGUUUUGGAAUACAUGUACACUGGUCAAAUCAAAUUGAGAUUGGACAAUGUUUUGGAUGUCUUUGUACAAUCUGAAGAAUUUGGCAUUCCAUGUUUGAAGAAGUUGUGUGAAAAUUACUUGAUCGCCCAUGGUGACUAUGAAAAUAUGGCUCAAUUGUUGGAAAUGGCCAUUGAAAAUAAGGCUCAAGAGUUGGUCAAGCACUGUUACAAGUACAUUGACGAACAUAUUAAGAGAGUUCUCAAGUCUGAAACUAUUAAGAAUGUCAAGACAUCAACCAUUAUCCAAAUCAUUUCUCGUGAUUCGCUCCAAUUGGAACCUUUGGAAGAAGUUUUGGUCUUUGAAGCUGUUCAAAAAUGGGCUGAAUUGAGAAAGCAUUUGCCAUUCGAAACUCCAAAUAUUUCAAAGAUUAUUGAACACGUUAGAUAUCCAUUGAUGAGUUCUGAACAAUUGGCCAACGUUGUUGAACCAACUCAACUUGUUCCUCAACAUCCAUUGUUAUUCGAAGCUUACAAGUAUCACUUGGUUAAGGAUAAGAGCUCUAAUCAAGCUCCAAGAUUCAGAGCUAGAGCUGGUGCCUCUUCUCAAUAGAUAUUUUCGUAAGAUUCCAAUUUUACCUACACUCAAAUAAUUGAACAUCUCCAAAUGGAGGAGAUGUUUGUAAAUAGAUCAUUCAUGAUCAUCACCAUCAAAUUAUUACAUCUAGGAAACAAGAUGGCACUUGGCAAUUAAUCUUGUCAAUUUCCAAUCUUUAAUAAAUCUCUCUAGGAAUUACAAAUU